AUGAUUAGCAAAAAUCAGAUAUCAUCAUACCAACAAGCGUCAGGGGCGCCUUUUUCGAAUCUUACAGGCAUUUCUGACACCCUCUUAUGUGGCACGGCUGCGUACCAUCCUCUCAGACCAAGUGAAAAAUGACGAAAGCUAUCUCAAAAAUUUGUGGCUCCUCACCUCGAGUAUGUAUAAGGCUUUUCGGGGGGGGGGGGGGGGGGGACAUGUUGCAAUAAACUUAAAACCCUACCGGGGUAUCAAGCGAUUCGAAGAAGAGGAGAUGUACGGGCUGUAUAGGCUCUUCCCAGAAGACUGGUACAGUCUUUUCCUUGGAGAUGGCACGGAAUGGGAAUAUAACAUCUUGUUUACGCAAAAAUUCGCACCUGAUGUGAAACGCCUUCCACUACCGAGCUGUCAUCUCUUCGAAGUCCAUUCUCGAUUCGCCACUGCAUCAUAUCAAUUUUUUGUUAUUGACAAGAUUCCUAAAGAUUGGCCAAAGGAUCGACGCCUGGGAUUACUCUCGGAUUUUCCCUUUCCCCCAAUUAGGCAACUUUUUUAUAGCUAA